UCGGGGGUCGAUUAUUGUCAACGCCAAAACCCAAAUCAGCAACUUUCACUGCAAACGGCUUCCUUCCCUAUCCUCUAUUUCUCUUCCCAGUUACUAGCAACUACUCUUGCUUAAUCGGAGUACCAUUAGCAACUUGCCUUCCCCACGUUUUUUUCCCUUCAUUUUAUCCGUUAUUUCUGAAUUACUCCUACUUCUAGUUCCUGGGAAUUUUCUUUCUGAUUUGUUGAUGAAAAGAACAAUACAUAAUCAAAGGAGUAACACCCAAAAUCUUGACAAGAAUUGAAAUUUAAAGCACCCCAAAAAAUAAUAAUGUGGGUUGCAGCAACCCCAUUAAAUUAUUCGCAUACUUUUUUAAUCAAACGCUUCAAUUAUUCCUCAUUUCAAGUUCGAUGUUCUGAUACUCCUCGUGGAUUUGGCUCUCAAGACGAUACUAAUACGAAAAAAUGGAGCUCAAAACAGCAAAAGGGAAAGGACAUUAUUCCACAAGAAAGCAAGUCAGCGAGUAAGAAAUCUAGCUCUAUGCCUAAUCAAGCGCCUGGAGUGAGUUCGAGGCCUGACAAAAAGUAUAAGCAGACUUCUGCGGAUCUGCUGUUUGAGGAAAAGCUUCUAGCUGUCAAAAGGUCAGCUCGUGAAAAGAAGAAACCAGAGACGAAGUUAGAGUUCCGGGCAAUUGACUAUGAUGCACCAAUUGAGCCAAAGCAGAACACGAUUGGGCUUGGGACUAAGAUUGGAGUUGGAAUUGCUGUUGUGGUCUUUGGCCUUGUUUUUGCCUUGGGAGAUUUUCUACCAUCUGGAAGCAUAACUUCCACUGAAGACAGUGGAGCAGUCAGUAAAAAGUUGUCCAAAGAAGAGACAGCAGUUCUUCAGGCCAGACUUCAGCAAUAUGAGGCAACCCUGAGCUCCUCACCUAAAGAUCCAGUUGCUCUUGAAGGUGCUGCAGUGACAUUAACAGAACUCGGAGAUUAUGUUCGGGCUGUUACUUAUCUUGAGGACUUGACAAAGGAGAAACCAAGUGACCCAGAUGUCUUUCGCCUGCUGGGGGAGAUAAAGUACGAGCUCCAAGAUUAUGAAGGAAGUGCUGCAGCAUACAAAAGUUCAGCAAAGGUC